AUGGGCAUGUGUGAGUCCAGGGACGUGCAAUCAUGCUGCGCCACUUCUGAUGAAGUCGCCGACGAGCGAGUGAGGACAACGGUCAAGGUGAAGGGCAUGCAAGCUGUCAAACGAAAGUCGAGCAGGGUGGGGAGCCAGAGAGCGUUUUCCGAGACGGAUGACGUGAUGAGGAGUUACUUGAACUUGAAGAACGAAUUGCUCCAGAAGGCUAUGGCAGAGAAGGAAGAGGCUAAUGCUAGGAAGGAGAAAGCAAAGAGGAUGGAGAAGCUGGAGAAAGCGAAGAGACAACUUGCAGAGCUGAAGAAGAGCAUUCGCCAAGAUCCUCACUCAGAAGCCAAGCUUCAAGAGAUGAAAGCCAUCAGGGAGAGGAUUUGGAAUCUGGAUACUGUCAAGGGUGGACAACAAAGUAGGAGGAAAAGCACCGUCUGA